UCGGCAAUGCGGAGUCAGUGUCGGUCCGCCGUUGGUUGCUGUUGUUCGUGUCGUUUUCUCUCUUUCACCGCCGCUGCCGCUCGGAAAUUACGUGCGUUUUUCCGCGAGAUUUUCGCGUGUGGCGUGUAAAACCGUCGUCGAUCAGCACUCUGGUUUUUCUCAUCUUUGUGUUUGGUGUUGAGUGUGAUCGCCGUCCGUAAGAUUAUGAGUUAGAUGAUUAUAUUAUUUUGAACGUCGGACAACGGGUAAAAAUAAAUCGAUUUUUAUCAGAAAUAAAAAACUGACUUGGUCGUCGUCGUGUGUGUUCGUGACGAGUUUCUCUAAAUGUGAUAUCCGUCGAAGAAGUCCAACUAUUACACCUACCCGGAACGUCUAUGCCAAUCAUGACGUCCCGGUGCCGACUGCAAGUGUUGUGGACACUUUACCUGAUAGUCUAUAACGCAUUUUGCCUCAGACUCACGGAGUUGAAAAUCGAGGAACACACUCUCGUGGGAAACAGUACACGACUAGAGUGCAAAUAUGACCUACAGGGUGAAAAAUUGUACACGGUCAAAUGGUACAAGGAUGGAAACGAGUUUUAUAGAUUCCUGCCCGGGGAAUCGCCAGAAGUACAAGUAUUUGAUGUUACGGGAGUGCAUGUUGAUGAGAAACAGUCAACGGCGGAAAGCGUUGUUUUGAGGCCCCUGGAAUUGGCGAGUAGCGGCAAAUACCGCUGUGAAGUGUCAGCCGAAGCGCCGUCGUUCCAAACGGUCACUAACCACAGCUCUAUGCUAACAGUCGCUCCGCCCGACGAAGGACCUCGCAUAUCUGGCGGCCAAGAUCGGUACAAGCCGGGUGAUACUGUCAACGUUAACUGCACCUCUGGGAGAUCGAAACCCGCCGUACAGCUGGCCUGGUACAUCAACGGCGAACUGGUAAACUCUUCGUAUCUGCGGGGCCCGUACACGGAUUACGUCGGUCGAGAGGGGCUGAUGGUCACCACACUGGGUCUCAAGUUCGAGGCUGGAAUGCAGCACUUCCGGUUACAAGGCUCCGGUGGCCACCAGCACCGGAACAGGGUCGAUCGGGACAUGAAACUAAAAUGCGUGGCCACGCUGGGCACGGUGUAUUGGAAAUCGAAGGAGCAGAGCGCGCUGGCGCACCGGCCGCGGCCGGUCCCUGGACUACCAUUGCCGGCUGCCGACGAUGGACUGGUAGGAGGCGACGAACAGGACGCCGACUCCAGGGCUGAUCCUGUGCACGCAUCGAGCAACUCGCCUUCCAUAAACAUUGCUCAAUUACUCAACAUCAACGAGAUCGCAGUCUACGUGUCAGCAUCGUUGUUUAUUGUACUUCUACGGUAGCAAUUGACCGCAGCCUAAUCAAUGUCGCAGACCUAUGUGAUAAAGAUUCUUCAACAAUAAUGAUAUUUAAAAAAAUUAGUAAAAAAAGAAGAAAAAAUGAACAAUUUUAAGUCAUAAGUUAACUUUAGUUUUUGAAAUGUUAAUAAGUACCCAAGACUUUUACUGUGUUUCAAAAAUCAGUCUCCAAAGGGGGGGGGGCAUGUAUAUUGUUUUAUAAUUUAACACCAUCCUACAUUUUGUUACAUUUCGUUGUAAUCUAUUGUUUACAUUGUAAACUUUGAAAAAAAAAAUUUCAAUCAUUGUUAAAUAAUAAUUAUUAUUUACUAUUAUAUUGUAACAUAUUUUUUAUUGAAUUUUUAUUUAUAUAAAUUGUUUAGUGUUUGAAUAUAAUAUCAUGUACAUAAGGAAAUCAUAUUAUAUACCUAUGGAUAGAGCGUGGUCUGAUGUGUAUAUUGAUUCUCGUAAAAAAUCGCUGGUUGUAUAUAUAUUAUAAUACAUAUUUAAGUACAUAUAAUAUUGUUAUAUUAUCAUGAUAAAUAAUAUGCUAGUCACCGCUUGAAAAUAUGCUAACACCCUGUAGUUAAAAAUCUUUAAUAAUAUUAUAUUAUAUUGUAUCUUUGGAAAUAUAUAUCAUAUUGU